CAGCAAGAUUUGUCCAUGUCCUUCUUCCCUGCAGGCCGUGUUCUGGGCUCUGGAGCUUUUGGGAAGGUGGUUGAGGGGAUGGCGUACGGCCUCAGCCGCUCACAGCCCGUGAUGAAGGUGGCCGUCAAGAUGCUGAAGCCCACAGCAAGGUCCAGUGAGAAACAGGCCCUCAUGUCUGAACUGAAGAUCAUGACUCAUCUGGGGCCUCAUCUGAACAUUGUCAACCUACUGGGGGCCUGUACCAAGUCGGGACCAAUCUACAUUAUCACAGAGUACUGCUUCUAUGGUGAUUUGGUCAACUACCUCCACAAAAACAGAGACAGCUUCAUUAGCCAGCACAUCGACAAGUCCAAGAAAGAACUGGACAUCUUUGGCAUCAACCCGGCUGAUGAGAAUAGCAGGAGCUACGUCAUCCUGUCCUUCGAAAGCAAAGGGGACUACAUGGACAUGAUGCAAGCCCAUAAUACCCAGUACGUCCCUAUGCUGGAAAUGAGCGACGCUUCAAAGUACUCUGACGUCUACGGAUCCAACUAUGACCACCCGCCUUCUCAUAAGGACAAAUCUCUGAGCGAGAGGGAAGCAAACAGCCUGCUGUCUGACGACUCCGACGACGGCCUGAGCACUAUGGACCUGCUGAGUUUCACAUACCAGGCGGCACGGGGGAUGGAGUUCCUGGCCUCCAAGAACUGUGUGCAUCGAGAUUUAGCUGCAAGAAACGUCCUGCUUUCCCAAGGCAAGAUCGUGAAGAUCUGCGACUUCGGCCUGGCCAGGGACAUAAUGCACGACAACAACUACGUUUCCAAAGGCAGUACCUUCUUGCCUGUGAAGUGGAUGGCCCCCGAGAGCAUCUUUGACAACCUGUACACCACAAUGAGCGACGUCUGGUCCUACGGCAUCCUGCUGUGGGAGAUCUUCUCUCUGGGUAUGUCA